GACGGCCGCUCUCGAUGGUUUUCGGCCCUUUCCGGCCGCCGUAGGGGCAGCCCGGCGCAUGGUGUAACCGCCACCGCUACCGGCGCCGCCAUGGAUUACCGGGCUGUGGUGAUGAGCCAGGUGGUGCCCGGGCAGUUUGACGAUGCUGAGUGUUCCGACGGUGAAUUUACAGAAGACACAGGAACAGCUAAGGAUGGUGAGGUCACAGAGAACUGCAAGUCAUGCAUGUGCAAAGAAUUUAAUAUUGAAGAAGGAGAUGGUGAUGAUGAUAACGAUGAUGAUGAAGAGGAGGAUGAAGACUGGGACUGGGAUGACGAGGUGGGAAGGCUUACGAGGCGCCACAAUGCUGCUGGUGGAUGCAAUCCACAGGCAAAUAGACAGACCCCUAAUUGCUAUUCAGCAAAAAUGUCUACCCCUACAGACAAGGCUUUAAGGAAGUUUGAACAUAAGAUUAAUUUAGAUAAGCUGAAUUUUGAUGACUCUGUUAUAAACCGAGUCACAGAAAAGUCUAGACAGAAGGAGGCAGACAUGUACCGAGUCAAAGAUAAGUCAGACAGAGCAACAGUAGAACAGGUGUUGGAUCCAAGGACCCGAAUGAUCCUGUUCAAGAUGCUGAAUAGAGGUGUCAUAUCUGAAAUCAAUGGCUGCAUCAGCACAGGGAAGGAAGCCAAUGUGUAUCAUGCCAGCACUGCAAAUGGAGAGAACAGAGCAAUAAAGAUUUACAAAACCUCUAUUCUGAUGUUUAAAGAUCGGGAUAAGUAUGUGAGUGGGGAAUUCAGAUUUCGUCAUGGAUACUGUAAAGGCAACCCAAGAAAAAUGGUGAAGACAUGGGCUGAAAAAGAAAUGAGGAAUUUAAUAAGGUUGAAUACAGCCCAGAUACCUUGCCCAGAGCCACUUAUGCUAAGAAGUCAUGUUCUUGUCAUGGGCUUUAUUGGUAAAGGUGAUAGACCUGCUCCUCUGCUGAAGAACGCUCAGUUAUCUGACUCCAAAGUCCGGGAGUUGUACCUGCAGAUCAUCCAGUACAUGAGAAGAAUGUAUCAAGAUGCCAGACUUGUUCAUGCAGAUCUCAGUGAAUUUAAUAUGCUGUACCACAGUGGGGAAGUUUACAUUAUUGAUGUGUCUCAGGCUGUGGAGCAUGACCACCCCCACGCGCUGGAGUUCCUGCGGAAAGAUUGUGCCAACGUUAAUGACUUUUUCCAGAAGCACAAUGUUGCAGUGAUGACUGUGAGGGAGCUGUUUGAAUUUAUUACUGAUCCUUCUAUCACAAGUGAGAACAUUGAUGACUAUCUGUCUAAGGCAAUGGAAAUAGCAUCAAAAAGAACAGAGGAGGAAAGAUCCAGUCAAGAUAAAGUGGAUGAAGAGGUGUUCAAGAAGGCUUACAUACCCCGGACUUUGACUGAAGUCAAGAACUAUGAGAGGGAUGUGGAUAUAAUGAUGAAAUUGAAAGAAGAGGAUAUGGCAUUGAAUGUUCAGCAAGAUAAUAUUCUCUACCAGACUGUGACAGGACUGAAGAAAGAUUUGUCUGGUGUUCAGAAGGUUCCAGCACUUCUUGAAAAGAAUUCAGAUGAUUCAGAAACAGAUGAUGAUGAUGAUGAUGAUGAUGGCAGCUCAGAGGGCUCUGAUUCAGACUGUAAAGAAUUUGUACAUCCAAAAGAUAAACCUCCUGAAGUUAGCAUGGACAAAAAGGAAAGGAAAAAGAUGGUUAAAGAAGCCCAAAGAGAGAAGAGAAAAACCAAAAUCCCAAAGCAUGUGAAGAAACGGAAAGAAAAGACUGCAAAAAUGAAGAAAGGCAAAUAAAGUCAGCUUUGGCUUGGGAAAAGGGUUGUUUCAUGUGGGUUAUUUAGUCACCGUAUUUUUUCUUUAAAUUAAAAAUCCUUUAUUUAUAUACAUACAGUA